AUGUCGGGAACCGAUCCCAUCAUCAAGCAGGAGCCUCUGGAUGAUGAACCGACCACCUUGUUCAACGUGCCCGAAGAUCAUGAGCCUGCUUUUGUCGAUGCGAACACUGUCUUGCGACGAGCGGCCGACAAUGAAGGCCGCCAGUUCCCAACUGUCUGCUUCCGGGCACCUCGUCUCCAGCACCCCCACCAUCACCGGCUCAUCUGCGGUCAUGAUAUCGUGACGGAGACGAUCCAGAAAUGCGGCCACAACUGCGCCAUGUCGGAGGACAAGAAGCCGAACGGAAUGGGUUUCGAGUGCCCGCAUCCGGAUUGCGAGAAAGUCGCAAGCCACUUCAUUCGCCAACGGAACGCACCAAAGCCACGCAAAUGCAUACUUAGCCAUGUGUACGGCCGUGACUCCAAGGCUGACGAGGAGCGGAUGGAGGAAAAGCGGAUUCUGCAAGAGGCCAAACGAGUUCGCAUCAAUACAAGAAGUGGGGAGGUGCUCCUUCCCCAGGCAUUGCGACGACUUCGGAAGAGAAGUCCAUCCCCUGCUGCUGAGUCCAACCCAAGAACUAGACGCACAAACACCAAUGCCAAGCACGAUUCCGACUUCGACGUUGGCGAGAGCCUCAACCGGGAUUAUGAGCAUGAUCCAGCCCGCAAGAGUAUCAUGCGAAUGACAGGAGGUCGGGCCAGAGCCAACGGGUUGUUCAUGACCGACAAGCAGAUCUCCGACGCUGGACGCAUAACAGUCUUGACUCAAGGCAUGUCCGCAUCUCAAGUUGCUACCGCGGAGGAACAGAGGACGAGGAAAAAGAAGGCGCUGAAGAUAUCUUCGAAAUCGAGGACAGACUCGAAGGGAUCCGGUCCAGACACGAGAGGAGCCGAUCCUGAGCCGGAGCUGAAGGUGCAGUCUGAGUGCGACAACUGCGACAAACCAAUAGACGGCAUCCGCUAUCAUUGCUUCGAUUGCAUCGAUGGCUUUGACCUCUGCGCAGAGUGCUUUGGAAACAACACCCAUGGUCACACUCUUACCCACCGCUUCAAGGCACUGGCUCAGCCGUCCAGCGACUGGCAAGAAGGCCUGACCAUGCUCCAGCAGAGUUUCUGCGUGUGUGGUACCACGAGCACUUCUUUCCUGGUGCUAUGCAGCGACUGCGAGCAUCCGUUCCACCCAGGGUGCAUCGGCACUGGAGCCUGGGAAAAGGCAGAAUACGGCAUCGAGUACUUCUCAAGGGGCACGUGCAUGAGGCACGACCGCCUCAACUGGAAGGGCGGAAAGGUCUUUCGGUGCGAGUCGUGCCAGAAGGUGUACAACGAAGCCAAUGUCGGGUCGGCUCGGGAUUUUCGUAUGGAUAGACGUGCGAAGAAGCAAAAGGACGGUGCAGAGAAGCAGCAAGAAAAGGCGGAGCAGGAACAAGAGAACGCAGAGGGACAGGAGCUCGUCCUUUCGCCAAAGCUGAGACCGAGAAAGAGGAUGGCAGAUGAAGUAGACGAUAGGCCUGAGUUCCGCGCCGACGAGGCUCAACCAACGAACGAAGCCAAGCGCUUCAAGUUCGACCUGGCAUUCCGGCCGAAGGAUUGA